GACGGGUGGGUGGAGCGAGCCGGGCCCCGAUGGGGCCUGCCUGGGGGCGGAGAGGAAGCGCACCACAGCCUCCCCCAGCCAGCGCUAUGCCUCUUCGCCCGUGGGACCCAGCCGAGCCGGCCGCAGCGCUCCUUUCGCUUCUCUCUCCGCCUUGCUGUGCAGGGAGGCGAAGCGGAGCAGCCGAACUCCGACACCGCCCAGCCGGACUCGCCGCGCGAUGGCAGCCGGCAACAGCGGCGACUGGCACCGCUUCGAGUCCGCGCUUCGCAGCAGCCUCCGCCUCCUGCGGGACAGGCUGAGGCGGCACGGAGGACUCCCCGGCAGGGACGACCGCGCGGAGGCUGAGGAGCCAGAGCAGCAGCCGCCGCCCAGCGCCUUGCAGGCCUUGUCGAUUGAGGUGAAGUUAUACAUUCUCACCUUCCUCACACCCAAAGAUUUGUAUCGUCUGGGAUGUACAAGUCGCUACUGGCAGCUAACAGUACAGGAUCCCCUGCUCUGGAGAUACCUCAUCAUUCGAGAUCACCCUUCUUGGCGUUCUAUUGACUGGAAGUCUCUCCCGGAUGCAGAUGUAUUUAAUAGAUCUGUCUCUGCACUGCAUGAAGGCACCCCAGCUGACUACAUGGCAAUCUACAAGAAGUGUUCUUCUGGGUCGAAAAGACCCCUGGAAUCCGGUCAGUCCAGUUACAGAGCUGUGACUUCCCCUUUACAUUCGCUGGUCACACAGGAAGAGCCCCUCUUUUCUAUGUUUGGGCCAGGACUGGAGGACUUGGAUGAAUCUCUGGUGCUUAAAAUGAUGACGAGUCCAGAGGUUUUGCCACUCGCUGGUAUACCUCGCAGACAAAUUCCAGGAAUAGGAACAGGAGUCAAAUUUCAUUAUAAGAACCACCAGAGAUCCAAUAUUUUCACACUGUAUUCAUUGAUGAGCAAGAACAGAGGCACAGCCAGAGAAGAGUCUGCCAAUUCCGUCAACAAGCUAUUCGACAAAAUAAACAGCAGCGAUGGGACAACGCAGUACAAUCCAAAUGAACAAGUUAAAGACCUGUGCCAUUCAGUUGAUGGGUUUAUCUAUGUUGCAGAUGCUGAAGCCCAGAAAAGACACAGCCGACAGACUGAAGUUGCUCAGAUGGCAGCGAUGCUUAAUCCAGCCCUUGGGCCUCCAGGGAGACCUGUGCUCAUCUUGACCUGCAUUGCAAGGGCCGGGAUCAAAAGAAUUCCUUGUAUUUACAUGGCACAUCAACUGCAACUCAACGCGCUUUGCCAGCCAUGGAUGGUUCAGGAUAUCGAAGUUGCAACACUAGAUGGACUGUUAGAUGGAAUUGAAUGGCUCUUGGGAGAAACUGGUUAUGACAAUGCCCAAUGAUCAGAUAUGGCUAGAGUGCCAAAAGAUUGUUAUUUUUAAUGCCUCAUUUACAAGCAGUGAUUGAUGUGAAAAGCCACUUUUCUCCUAAUUUGAUAUGCAGCAAAAUGGAAGAUUUUUAAUUUGUGGCAAAGAGAAGUUUGUUUGGGCCGGGAGGAAACCACGGAUUAAAAUGAAGAUUCUAUGUGAUGCAAAAGAAAGAGGUGGAUUUCAGUUACCAAACUUUAGACUAUACCAUGAUGCGGUAUGUUUAACCUGGUUGCAGCAAUGGACUACGUUAGAGAACAAGAAACUGUUGGCGUUAGAAGGACAUGAUUGUAAAUUUGGUUGGCACGCCUAUUUAUGGUAUGAGAAAGUGA